CUCUCGUUAUGCUGUAGCAGUUCACCAGCUCAGAGUAACACACCUUCAUGUUUUAAAAAUUCUCACGUUUCGUUUGCCGUGGAGAAAGGAUGCAGAAAAUUAAGUCUUUGAUGGCCCGUGGGCAGGGCUUGAAGAGUCCACAGGAAAGCAUGGCUGACAUGAGUCCUGUGGAGAACUUCAGGAUCCCGAGCAAGGAGGAGUUGCGGGAGAUGCGUGAGCAGCCUAUCGACCCCCAGGCGGAGCAGGAGAUCAUUGACAGCAUAGAGGAGGUCUACUUCUCCAGCGACUCAUUCGAUAUGGUGCAGCACGAACUGGAGAAACUCCCUCCUGACCUCAACCUGCAGGAGAUUGAGGACUACAGAGACAAGCUGAAGAGGCAGCAGGCUGCGGUGUCCAAAAAAGUUGCUGAUCUCAUCCUAGAGAAGCAGCCCUCCUAUGUAAAGGAGCUGGAGAGGGUCACGUCACUGCAGACCAACUUGCAGCUGGCCGCCGUCAUCUGCACCAACGCCAGGAGGCAGCUGAGCACAUCUAAGGAGGGCUUCACAGAGGCCAGCCUUGGGCUUCUAGCCAAUCAGAGAAGGCGGCAGCUGCUGACGGGACUACUCAAGUCACUCAGGACCAUUAAAACUCUGCAAAGGACAGACGUGCGAUUGAGUGAGAUGCUGGAGGAGGAGGAUUAUCCAGGUGCUAUCCAGUUGUGUCUGGAAUGUCAAAAGGCCGCCAGCACGUUCAAACACUACAGCUGCAUCAGUGAGCUGAAUUCCAAGCUGCAGGACACGUUAGAGCAAAUAGAGGAGCAGCUGGACGUGGCUCUGUCGAAGACCUGCAAGCACUUUGACGUGGCGCACUACACCAAAGUCCAGCUGGCCUACACCCUACUGGGAAAGACACAGACGGCAAUGGACCAGCUCCACAUGCACUUCACCCAGGCCAUCCACAACACCGUCUUCCAGGUGGUGCUGGGCUACGUGGAGCUGUGUGCUGGCAACGCUGACACCAAGUUCCAGAAAAUGCAGUACAAAGACCUGUGCACGCACAUCACCACAGACAGCUACAUCCCGUGCCUGAGUGACCUGUGCAAAGCAUUGUGGGAGGUGAUGCUGAGCUACCACAGGACCAUGCAGUGGCACGAGGAGCAGGACAAGGAGGAGGCCGCCUCCAGCCCUGCUGACCCAGAGGGCAGCGGUGAGGAGGGGUCCGACGAGGCAGUGGUGGGCCGGACGUACGUGAAGAAGAAACUGGAACACGGCCUGACACGCAUAUGGCAGGAUGUGCAGCUGAAGGUGAAGGCCUACCUGCUGGGGACGGACAUGUCCAACUUCAAGUAUGAUGACUUCAUCGUGGUGCUGGACGUGAUCAGCAGGUUGAUGCAGGUGGGGGAGGAGUUCUGUGGUAGCCGCUCGGAGGUUCUGCAGGAGUCCAUCAAGAGGCAGAGUGUGAACUACUUCAAGAACUACCACAGGGCUCGUUUGGAAGAGCUGCGCAUGUUCCUGGAGAACGAGACGUGGGAGCUCUGUCCUGUGAAAUCCAACUUCAGUAUCGCCCAGCUGCAUGAGUUCAAGUUCAUGGGCCAGUGUCGGUCCCCGUCGGUGUCCCCCAGUCGCCAGGCCAACACCUCGGCCACCACCAGCCCAGUGGAGGUGUCCCUGUUCGAGCAGUACCUGCAGGGAGGGAACCCCUUCGAGAGGCAGAUCGACAACAAGGAGGAGGAGACCGAGGACGUGCUGGCUUCCAACGGGUACGAGUCGGACGAGCUGGAGAAGAACGUGUACCAGGACUACGACAGUGACAGCGACGUGGCCGACGAGCUGAAGCAGGACUACGUGGACGAGCAGACGGGCGACGUGCCUGUCAAAAGCGUUUCCAGGGAAACCCUGCGGAGUCGGAAACGUUCCGAUUACAACCUGAACAAAGCGGCAAACGCACCCAUCCUGACCAAUACCACCCUCAACGUCAUACGACUAGUGGGAAAGUACAUGCAGAUGAUGAGUAUCCUACAGCCGAUUGCCUUUGACGUCAUCCACUGUGUCUCACAGCUCUUUGACUACUACCUGUACGCUGUCUACACCUUCUUUGGCCGCAACGACAUGUCUGUCCCUAGCCAGCCCACACCCCUCCAAGGCAGAGAGCAGGGCGCGGCUAGGCAGACCCCCCCGCUCUACUGGUAUGAGUCAUCAGGCCUGGGACUGAUCAGCAGCCGACUGAGGACCACGCUCAACCGCAUCCAGGAGAGCCUCAUCGACAUGGAGCCGAGUGGCGAGAGCAUGGGUCCCCCCCACGGUCCCCCGGAGGAGCGUCGUGAGAAGGUGCCGAGCCCCCACCUCAGCCAGAUGGUGGUGCUCACGGCCAGCGGCACACUCUACGGCCUGGCACAGAGGGUGGUGGCCACAGAGUCGCUAGUUUUUCUGGCCGAGCAGUUUGACUUCCUGCAGUCCCACCUGGACACCAUGAUGCCUGCUGCCAAGAAGCCCUUCCUACAGCAGUUCUACUCACAGACGGUGUCGACGGCCAGCGAGCUGCGGAAGCCCAUCUACUGGAUCGUGGCGGCCAGAGCCAUCGACUACGAGCAGAUGCUGCUCAUGAUGGCCGGCGUCAAGUGGGACAUCAAGGAGAUCAUGUCACAGCACAACGUCUACGUGGACGUCCUACUCAAGGAGUUUGAGCAGUUUAACCUGCGUCUGGCCGAGGUGUCUCGUCAGGUGCGCAUCCCGCUGGCCGUCUCCAACGUGCUGUGGGAGCACUGCAUCCGCCUGGCCAACCGGACCCUGGUGGAAGGCUAUGCCAAUGUGAAGAAGUGCAGUAACGAGGGCCGUGCCCUGAUGCAGCUGGACUUCCAGCAGUUCCUGACCAAGCUGGAGCGCCUGACGGACCUGCGUCCAAUUCCCGACAAGGAGUUUGUGGAGACCUACAUCAAGGCCUACUACCUGACCGAGAACGACAUGGAGCAGUUCAUCAAGAACCACCGGGAGUACUCUAUGAAGCAGCUGGCCAACCUGGUGAAUGUGUGUCUGGGCUCUCACAUUAACAAGAAGGCCCGGCAGAAGCUUUUGGCAGCCAUCGAUGACAUCGACCGACCCAAGAGAUAAAUGGACAAGCUCUCUCUCUCUCUCUCUCUCUCUCUCUCUCUCUCUGUCGCACGCACAGAACUCUGCUGAGAAACAACCUAAACACACACGUACCCAAGUCACCAAAAUCCAUACACUAUACAUUAAAAUACAUGCAUUCACACAUACAGUUACAGUACAUGCAGAUUAUAGAUGCACACAUACACAUGCAUGUACAUAUGCAGCUCACACACCCAGAAAAAAGCCUCAUACAUGCUGGUGUGAGCCCCUGCUGCGUGUGAAUACCAGAAGCCGCUCCUGACCGCCGCCCUGCAUGGCAAACUUAAGCUUUUUCUGACCCAUUUCUUUUUCUUAGUACAGUCAAGAGCAAAGAAAUCCCGCACACUGUUUACCUGAAGAAGGUCGGAUGACCGAAACAUUGUAUUAAAGUUUGCUGGUAGAAUGAACAGUGUGCGGGAUUUCUUUGCUCUUGAAUGACAACCGUGCUGGGAUAACAUCCUACGCAGAGCUGCCCAACUACAGAGGUGUGCAAAAGCGUCUUUAUUGAACUUUUUUUUAGUACAAACAGCAGCAGGUCUACCCAUUCAUGGGCCCUAGGCAAAAUGUUGACAUGGGGCCCCUUUGGAAUGAGUUGUGGAGUGACCAGAGGGCAGAUUUUGGUGGUGCACUAGACAAAUGGCUAGUAUUUCUAUUGGUAAAAACCAGCCCCGUGUACAAGUUUUACAAAAAAUGAAUGUCGCCGAUGAUGACUCCUUUCUCUGUCUAUGAAGGACAUGUUGAAAGACACAGUCCUUGAACUUUUUUUCUGAAGAUGGUGCAGUGAAGAAAAUAGAGCAGCCCAGGUGCCUGAACUGUACAGUGUCUCGUAUUAAAUGCUGAAGUGCAAAUCAGUUUUUGGGUUGUAUGGGGACAGAUACUGGACAAAAUGAUUUUGGCCUCCCUCCCAUCUCUGCUUUGUCCUCUCCACAGUCAGAGAGAGAGCGGAGGGAGAAGAUGGCAAACUGGACACAUGAUCUUUCUGAAAAGGCUUUUUUUUAAGACAACAAAAUGCCUGAAGCAAGUGCUUUGCUUUAACUGUUCCAGUUUUGUUGCUUUUGUUUUGUUUUGUUUUUGUUGUUUUGUUUGUGUUUUGUAUGGUUUUUGUUUUGUCUAUCCAACUUCCAAUGUAUUUUUGAGAGACUUGAGUGUUGCGUCUUGUCCUGCUCUCGUCAGCACUGCUUCUCAGCAGCUGCACCAGCAGGCUUGACUAGAACUUGAGGAGCUCGCGUUCCACAGCAAACCACCGUAGAGCAGUGAAGGGUUAAAAAGUUUUAUGUAUAUCGUACGUAUUUAUGUUUGCCCUGCGAUUAUUCUGAGAAUUCUACAAUCUAUAUAAUUCUGUAAUCUAAUCAAUGUCAUUCGGAUCAAUGAUCUGUCGGUUUAUUAUAUGAAUGUUGUGUUUAAGAUAAAACAAAAGUAUAGGUUUUAGUGAAUAUACCUGCACCUAUCUUUGUGUAUUUGAUUCAAGAUUUGAAAAAAUAAAAUAAUCAGAGAAAGUGAUUGAGUUGAACUCUUGCAGGACUCAGGCAAACAAACUGCAUUCCAUUCUGAUGGUGUAUGUUAAUCGGGGAGCACCAUAGCUUUUACUCUGUAUGUGAAUGAGUGAGAACCGUCUUGUUUGUUUGUUUAUUUAUUUCCCACUACUACUGUAAGCUCGAAUCCCAUCACGCGUCAGAGGAGUUGAGGUGGAUCCGAGCCGGACUUCAAUGUCUUCUUGUUCAUGGCGUUAACUUGUAUCCUUGUCUCCGUAUUUAAGACAAAACACACCAAGUGUUUUUUUGUUUUUUUUAAAUGGUCAAAAUUUUAAAAGAAUCAUUAACUGUAGAAUGCAUUUGAUUGAAGACCCUAAAUAAACACACUAACUAAAACUUGGAAA